AUGCUCGCCUCAGCUGCAAGCAAGCGGGGGGGGGGAACAAGGGGGGCAGGGGUGGGGGUGGCGGCGGAGGAGGUGGGGGUGGAGGCGGUGGGAGUGGAGGCGCGGCUGGGGAGACUAGUGGCGGCAGUGGGGGAGGAGACAGCAGCGGUGGGAGUGGUGGUGGAGGCGGCAGCGGAGGCGGAGGUGGUCGUGGCGGCGGCAGGGGUGGAGGUGGCCGGGGCGGCGGCGGUGGGGGUGGUGGUCGUGGAGGCACUGGCGGAGGGCAGAGUCAGCAGCCCGCCCCGACGCUUCAGGCCGCCCGUGAGUGGUAUGCGCAGCGUAGCGUUACCUGCACACUUUGAUGCUAUUCUCACUGCCAUGUAUGCGAUGUCUAUUAGUGGAGAGGGUGCUCAGUACUUGCGUGUUCCGCCCGACCCGGGCAUUCAGGCCAGGCCGGCUGCCGCUCUAGGUGCUAGUGCGUCUACUCCCACAGGUCCUGGUGAGGCUGCAGCCCUAGGUGCUCGUGCGUCCGUGCCCCCUGGUACUGAGUCGACUGCAGCACUGCACACCUUCACACUGGACUCAGGUGCUUCUCGCUCCUUCUUUCGUGACCGCACUGUCCUUGAGCCACUCGCUCGGCCAGUUGCUGUCUCCCUUGCUGACCCCUCUGGGGGUCCGGUCAUUGCGACCUCCUCCACUGUCCUUCCUUGUCCGGCGGUCCCGUCCGGCACGCUGUCAGGUCUCUACCUCCCCUCGUUCUCUACGAACUUGGUGGCAGGUAGUGCGCUCCCAGACGGGGUGUUCACCAGUUCACCCCUGCCUACGAGCGCGUGA